GUUUUCUCAACUCUCAAGUUGGGUUCCUUUCAAAAGGCGAAAUCGUUCGGAUAGUCCAAACCUAAUAUACAUGUUAUAUAGUUUGACAUGUUCGGUCUAUAUGAAAAGCCAAAUUACCCUGAUGUAUAUUUUAAAAUACACGAACCUGAUCCGAAUGGUUCUUUUUUCAGUAGUUAUUUAAAUAAACAGUCUGUCAUUUCUGAUCCAGAGACUGGUGCACGUAAGAGUAGCAUGGUUUUGAGCAAUGAUGAAUAUCCACAAGUUAAAACGAUGAUGGAAUUGUUCCAUAGAGGACUAUCUUUAUCCUGUUCAAAACCGUGUUUAGGCAGCAGAUAUACCACAAAUGAGCCGUAUUCGUGGAUUACUUAUCAAGAAGUCGAUGAAAAAAUUCAAGCGUUUGGAUCAGCGCUUGUUGAAAUUAUAAAUCAGUAUCCAGAGUCAGAAAGGUUUGUAGGUGUGUAUGGUCGAAAUUCAACACAGUGGUUUAUCACACAAUAUGCCUGUUUCUGUUACUCGUGCACUGUUGUCCCUCUGUAUGCUACCUUGGGUGAUGCAACUAUGCAACAAAUUCUAAUACAAACUGGCCUUAUCAUAUUAAUGUGCCAUUCCGCAGAUUUAGCUUUCAAAAUUUUAGAGAAAUUUAAUUCAUCAUUAAAAGUUAUUGUCAUAGCUGUGCAGGACCAAAGUUUUGAAGAUCUAAAAACCCAGUACGGUUCUUCUGUGAAAAUUUAUUCGUUUGACGAUUUUUUGGAUAUGGGAAGAACUGCUUUGAAAUCAAAAAUUCCUCCAAAUGAGAAAGAUCUAUGCUUCAUUUGUUAUACCAGUGGUAGUACAGGCUUAGCCAAGGGUGUCAUGAUUAGUCAUGAGAAUUUGAUAGAUACAAUAUGCUCUACAAUAGAGUCAACGGAAUCAAAGUUGUAUUGUCGAAAUUCUGUCCAUUUCUCAUAUCUACCUUUUGCUCAUAUAUUGGAGCAAGUUACUUCGGCUGCUGCUAUAUAUUGUGGAGCACAAAUCGGCUUCUUGACUGGAGCAAUUACUGGCUUAUUAGAUGAUGCUGAGGCUCUGAAACCUACUGUACUUCCGGCGGUUCCACGUGUCUUGUCGCGUAUAUAUGAAAGAUAUCAGAAUGCACUUGGUAAUUCAGUUAUAAAAAGAUAUUUGUAUAACUAUACGCUCAAAAGGAAUUUGAAGGUUUUAAAUAGUGGGAAAGUUAAUCGUGAUGAUAUUCUUGAUACACUUUUUUUCAAGAAGCUCCGGCAAGCUCUUGGUGGAAGAAUAUGUAUGAUAAUUACUGGAGGUGCACCACUUUCAGCGGAGCUGUUCAACUUUUUUCGAGCUGCAUUCAACGGUCUUAUUGUCGUAGGUUACGGAUCAACUGAAAUUUCUGGUGUAGCUAGCGUAACUGUCCUAGGGGAAUCGCAUGAAGGUAUUGUUGGUGCAAUCACUUCUGGAAUUGAAGUUAAACUUGCUGAUGUCCCUGAUAUGGAUCUUGUAGCUGUCAGAGAUAAUAGAGGCGAGAUAUGUGUUAAAGGAAAGCGAUGUACCAAAGGUUAUUACAAAGACCCUCAAAGUACAGCUCAACUUAUUGAUGCUGAUGGUUGGUUACAUACUGGUGACAUUGGAGAAUGGACUGCUGAGGGUGCUUUGAAAAUUGUUGAUCGUGUAAAAAGUAUGUUCAAGCUGGCACAGGGCGAAUAUGUAGCUCCAGAAAAAGUAGAACUAGUUUAUCAUGGCUGUCAACUCAUAGACCAAAUACUCGUUGAUGGAAAACCGGAAGAAAAUUUCCCUGUCGCUAUUGUUACUCCGAAUUUCGUCAACUUACGUGCAUGUAUUCAUACUUAUCUAAAAUCUGGUUUGAAUGUAAAUGAUAAAAAAAUAUUUGAUCUGAAACCGUCAGAUAUUUCUCGAUUAUCUGACGCCGAUAUUUGCCAAAACAUAGAUGUUCGACGAUUUGUUUUGCAAAAGAUGAACGAAGUUGCAAUAGGAAAAGAAUUAAAAGGAUUCGAAAUGGUCAAAUCUGUCUACCUAAAUGAUGAUCCAUUUACUGUUGAAAAUGGACUGUUAACUCCAACCAUGAAAGUAUCACGUCAAAAUGCCCGUCGACACUUUCAAUCUAUCAUUGAAAACCUAUACUUAGAAACUGAUUUUUUGAAGACAAAUGCAUAACUAAUAAUUUAACUUAUCCCAUUUUUUACUGUUUACUUUUUACAAAAUAAUUUGUUACAUCGCAUACGGUACUCAUUUUGUUACUCCUACAUAAAUAAAAAUACAAAGGGAGCACUCUAUC